AAAAGGAGUUGUGAUAGAGCAUUGCUUUGGUCAGCUGAAGAGGCGGUUUCCUAUUUUGCAGUAUAUGUGUAGAGUUGCCUUACCAAAUGCCCCAACAAUAAUAGCUUGCUGCUUUAUACUGCAUAAUGUUGCGAAACAUCUACAAGGUGAAGAUUUUGAAGACACGGCACAGGAUUUACAUGAAGAUGGUGAUAACGAGGAGGAGGAGCCUUUAACUGAAGCGGAUAUUCUUCGGAGAGGACAUCAAAGAAGACAAGAAAUUGCAGCUCUAAUACAAAAUGCAGGAUUUAGAAUUUUUUAUUUACGAAAAGAUACAAAACUACUAAUUGUCUACAACAAAAGGACUAACAGUCUACAGAACGUCGUGAGCUUCAGUUGCUCCAGCAGCACCAGCCAAUGUAAUUCUGCGUUACUGAGCAUAUUUGUCUCGUCUGUUUCUGGCAAUGCUCCUUCCUUCAAGGGUGGUGGCCUGGCAUAUGGACUUGCUCUAGACGAAGAGGAUGGUGGGCCAGCACGAGGUGUGACAUUUGUUCUUAGAAACAUAUGUAUGCCAGAGAUGUAUACAACAGUAGAACUUAAUGCGUGUUUGCAUUUUUAUGAAGAUUUACUUUACAUAGAUAAGAGCGGAAACUUUCCUUCGCAAAGGGUUACGAAAUGUUGGUGGCCCACAUUAACUCUAGCCAUGGCACUUAAUGAAACAAAAUAGCAAACAUGGCUCUUACAUAUCAAAUUACUGCUAGCAUCACUAAUAAUAGUAAUAGUAGUAGUACUUAUGAUACAGUAAUAAGAACAUUUAGCUACUCUCACAAAAAACAAAUUUCCACUAGUAUCUUUAUAAAUAGCAAUAAUUAAUUUUGUUUGACCAACUAGAACUGAAUCUUACCAGAUGAGUUAAGAGUGCUCUACUGGCGAUUGUGUAGAAUGGACGGUGCAAACCCCUAGUGUCACUGCCCCUGAAAGUUAACGAUUUGGGGG